CCCCCACCCCUCACCCCCCCCCCCCCCCCUCGGGCUGGAUAUGUGGAUGUUCACGUGAAGAUGGAUGUAGCGAUCGGGCUGCUGGGGCUGCUGACGGUUCUGCUGGAGGGCAGCUCCGCGCAAGGGGUGUACGCCCCCCCCACGGUGCGGAUCGUGCACUCAGGCCUGGCGUGCAACAUCGAGGAGGAGCGUUACUCGGAGAGGGUCUACACCAUCCGUGAGGGAGAGACGCUGGAGCUGACCUGCCUGGUCACCGGCCACCCUCGGCCACAGAUCAGGUGGACCAAAACAGCAGGAAGUGCCUCUGACCGAUUUCAAGACUCGAGUGUCUUCAAUGAAACCCUGAGGAUAUCCAACAUCCAGCGACACCAAGGAGGCCGCUACUACUGCAAGGCUGAGAACGGCUUGGGUUCUCCAGCCAUAAAGUCCAUAAGGGUGGAUGUGUACUAUUUGGACGACCCAAUAGUCACGGUCCACCAGAGCAUCGGGGAGGCAAAGGAGCAGUUUUACUAUGAGAGAACGGUGUUUCUCAGGUGCGUUGCCAACUCCAACCCGCCGGUUCGGUACAGCUGGCGACGCGGCCAAGAGGUACUGCUGCAAGGGUCUGAUAAAGGAGUGGAGAUCUAUGAGCCCUUCUUUACCCAGGGAGAAACAAAGAUCCUGAAGCUGAAGAACCUCCGACCUCAGGACUACGCUAAUUACAGCUGCAUCGCCUCGGUGAGGAAUGUCUGCAGCAUCCCUGACAAGAUGGUGUCCUUCCGACUCUCUAAUAAAACAGCAUCCCCUUCAAUUAAGCUUCUUGUGGACGACCCGAUAGUGGUGAACCCUGGAGAAGCAAUCACCUUGGUCUGUGUGACGACAGGAGGGGAGCCAGCCCCCAGCCUGACGUGGGUGAGGUCUGCCGGCAUCCUGCCCGAGAAAACGGUCCUGAACGGCGGCACUUUAACGAUACCUGCCAUCACGUCAGAAGAUGCUGGCACGUACAGUUGCAUCGCCAAUAAUAAUGUCGGAAAUCCUGCGAAAAAGUCCACCAACAUCAUCGUAAGAGCCUUAAAAAAAGGUCGUUUUUGGAUCACCCCUGACCCGUAUCACAAAGAUGACAACAUCCAGAUUGGGCGAGAGGUGAAAAUCUCCUGCCAGGUGGAAGCCAUCCCUUCUGAAGAGCUCAUGUUCAGCUGGUUUAAAAAUGGACGUCCCUUGCGAAGCUCUGAAAGGAUGGUCAUUACACAGACUGACCCCGAUGUUUCACCUGGCACCACAAACCUGGACAUCAUUGACUUGAAAUUCACUGACUUUGGGACAUACACAUGUGUUGCAUCUCUGAAGGGAGGUGGCAUAUCGGAUAUCAGCAUUGAUGUCAACAUCUCCAGCAGCACAGUCCCACCCAAUCUGACUGUUCCUCAAGAAAAGUCACCCCUGGUCACCCGGGAAGGGGACACGAUCGAGCUGCAGUGCCAGGUGACAGGGAAGCCCAAGCCCAUCAUUCUCUGGUCCCGAGCAGACAAGGAGGUGGCGAUGCCGGACGGGGCGAUGCAGACAGAGAGCUACGAUGGGAUCCUGAGGAUAGUGAACGUGUCCAGGGAGAUGACGGGAACCUACAGGUGCCAGACCAGCCAGUACAACGGGUUUAAUGUGAAACCCAGAGAAGCUUUGGUACAGCUCAUUGUACAGUACCCCCCCGCCGUGGAGCCCACCUUCCUGGAGAUUCGGCAAGGCCAGGGCCGGAGCAUCACCAUGAGCUGCCGGGUCCUGAGGGCAUAUCCCACCCGGGUCCUCACCUACGAGUGGCGCCUGGGCGGCAAGCUGCUGCGCACCGGCCAGUUCGACGUGCAGGAUUCCACCGAGUACACCGUCGGCAGCCUCUCCCGAGACAGCUACGGCAUCUACAACUGCAACAUCAUCAACGAAGCGGGCGCGGGCCGGUGCAGCUUCCUCGUGACAGGCAAAGCCUACGCGCCCGAGUUCUACUACGACACCUACAACCCCCUGUGGCAGAACAGACCCCGCGUCUACUCCUACAGUCUCCAGUGGACCCAGAUGAACCCCGAUGCCGUGGACCGCAUCCUUGCCUAUCGCUUAGGGAUCAGGCAGGCUGGACAACAGCGUUGGUGGGAACAGGAAAUUACAGUGAAUGGAAAUAUUCAAAAGGGAGAAUUAAUUACCUACAACCUAACUGAGCUGAUCAAGCCAGAGGCGUAUGAAGUCCGUCUAACGCCCAUCACCAGAUUUGGGGAGGGGGACUCAACUAUUCGGGUCAUCAAGUAUAGUGCUCCAGUAAAUCCACAUCUACGAGAGUUCCACUGUGGGUUUGAGGACGGUAACAUUUGCCUUUUCACUCAAGAUGACACGGACAAUUUCGACUGGACAAAACAAAGCACUGCCACUAGAGACACAAAAUACACCCCGAACACGGGGCCAAACGCGGAUCGGACUGGCUCCAAGGAAGGUUUCUACAUGUACAUUGAGACAUCACGCCCCAGGCUGGAAGGAGAAAAGGCCAGACUUGUUAGUCCUGUUUUCAGUGUCGCUCCAAAAAAUCCUUAUGGAGCCACGAACACAGCCUAUUGUUUUAGCUUCUACUAUCACAUGUAUGGACAGCACAUAGGAAGCUUGAACGUUUACCUGCGGUUGAAAGGUCAGACCGCGAUAGAGAACCCGUUGUGGUCUUCAAGUGGAAAUAAAGGACAGCACUGGAACCAAGCUCGUGUUAAUAUAAACCCCCCAACUUCGUUUCAGCUCAUCUUUGAAGGGAUCCGGGGCCCCGGCAUUGAAGGUGAUAUUGCUAUUGAUGAUGUAUCAAUUGUGGAAGGAGAGUGUAUGAAAUCAGACCAACCGGCCAACAAUUUACGAUCAGGUGCUGUUGGGACAUUAGCGCAUAUACGACUUAUCCCAGUUAUCAUCCUCAUGUCUGUCUUAAGUCAUCAGAGGUGACCUUAUCCUGGCAGAGGCUACAAAAGAUUCAACAGGCACUGGCAUGAAGAAAGAGUCUUUGUAAAAUGGACAUUUAAAAACAAACUACCAAAGAUUCCUCCACUGACUGACUCAAAAGUUAAAUAAAUACAUAAAUAAAUAAAAAAAAAAAUUAAAAAGCACUGGGGACAUAAAAGGCAUCACGGGAGUGUAACUCACUAUGAACCACGCGUGAGAACGAGAUCUGGCCUAAGUAAGGAAGAGACCUUCAGGUGCUUUUGUGGUCAAUAAUGAAUACAGCAUCAUCUGGUUGAACUCUCGGAAAAGAGCUAUAGAAACCCUUGUCAAAGCACAAAGUCAUGGCUGGUUUUGUUUCAAAUGAAUAGUUUGCUUGUUACCAUGGAAACCUAAUGGCCUGCCAAACAAAAAAAAGAAAAAAACAAAAAAAGGAAGGAGAGAGGAAAUAAAAACAGAGAGAGAAACACCUCACUGUAAACAGGGUAUGUGAAGAGCUGGCAUUCAUUUUCCCUUCAAGAAGGUUUUUAGUAUAGAGUUAAAUAAUUGUAGGCCCUUUCUAUUUUGGCUGUCACCCCCCCUAGAGAAUAACCCUAAAUCAGAGCUGUUUUAAGACAUUUAUGUUUCAUUUCUCAUGGCUAUGCUUGAUAACUGUAUGCUGUCUCCUUUUGCAUGCAUUACUAUCCAGGAUGUGCGACCUGGGCUUACAUAUUACACAGGCUUAUUGGAGUUUGCUUGCGGCCACUUGAACACCCCUCUCCCCUCCCCAACUAAGUCAUCUGUUCUAAUGAAGUGAAGAAACCAAACCACCGUCUUUUAUAAAUUGCCAUGGAAACCAAGUGCCUUCAAUGAAACAAGCCUGAUUUAAAAAUAAAUAAAUAAAAUAAAAUAAAAUAAAAUAAUAAUAAUAAUUUCAACAGAGAAGCUUGCACUGCUAAAAUGUGGUUUGUGCAAACUAUUUUCUAAACAAACUACGGAGCCUGGGUGUGCAGACUGCAGGCAAGGAGACGAAGCCGCUUCUGGAGAUGGAUGGACCUAAACUGCUGAGUAAGCCCUUUUGGAUGAGAUAUUUGUUGUUUAACCUUCCAGACAGCCAUGGCCUUUCAGCUUAUUAUCCAUUAGAAAAUAGCUUCCGUUGGUCCUGGAAAUGGGAGCAGCACUUUUUUGUUGUUGGUGGUGUUUUUUUUUUUCAGGUUAUCAAGUGGGUCAACCAGAGGAAAAGGUUGUUAAGAUACACUUAGCGCAGAAGGUGGUAGAACGCAGGAGUGAUUUUUCUUACUCUCACCUCCAUUCGCCCGGCGGCCGGCCCCGGCGUUAGCGGGACGGGGGGGCGUGCGUGGGGGCCGGCAGCGCGUACCGAGACACCGGGCGAACCGCGGAGCUCUCUGCAAACCUGGCGCCAGCGAAGCACCCGGCGUGCCGUGCCUCUGCCCUGGAGCCAGACUCUGUGCAGAUCACGAAAGAUUAUUUUGUUACUGUAGCGAAAUUAAAAAAAUUAAAAAAAAAAAUAAAAAAAAAAAAUAUUCCACUUUUACAACAAAAAGAUAAAAGCUGUACAAAUGGUUUUGAGCUACCCGAACACGUACCGUUAGCCAGCCGGUUUUCCACUGCAUUGUAAAGUUCCCUUACAGUUGGUUAUGACAAUUUGAAGACCUUUUUCCUUAAAUUAUCUCAGCUUUUAACUUCAUUUAAAACAAAAAAAAAAAAGACUUUUGUCUAAAGAAGAGUAUUAUUAUUAUAAUUAUUAUAAUUAUUAUAAUUAUUAUUCUGUGUUCUCUCAACACCCUAGGAUUAAAAAAAAAAAACAAACAUGAUAUGCAAGUAAUUGGAGUACAAACAUGAAAACAAACAAACAAAUGAGUAUAAUAUUUGCAAAUAUGAGUAUAAAAAGCACAACGAGAUGCAGUAAAACAAUGACAAGGCUUGAUUUUUUUUAUUCUGUAGAGAAAUGUUUGUGCAAAUUCAGUAAUUCAACUGAAGAGAUAAUUUUACAGCUAUGUUCAAUAAAGCCUCUUUCCAGGUAAGGUAUGCCAAGUGGUAUGUGUGUUUGUUGAGCAAUGUGCCCACGCACCCCGGAUGGGUGUGACUGGGGUCGCUUGGUUUUUCCCCGAUAAACUGGUGGUGUGUGAAGAUAUAAUGGUCCAUAGUGGUGAUGCUCAGGGGCUGGAGCUUUCCAAGGGUGCCGUCAGCUCCCUGGUUUGUAGGCAGUUUGUCUGUAAUCCCUACACUGCGGCGGGAAGGCUGCUUGGGAGAUGGUGGGAACUCAGAGCCUGGAUGCAUUGUGGGCUUUGACACCCUUAAAAACAAACAAACAAACAAACAAACAAACAAACAAACAAACAAACAAACAAACAAAACGAACAAGCAACAGAUUUCCCACUGGUGAGCACUGAAUUUUAAUCGUGGGUGGAGGACCAGGCCGGGUACGGUGAGACCUUGGUGCAGAUUUUUGCUUAGGAGUUUGGUGUGUUUCGUAAUUCAGGAUUUCCCGCCGGUCUCUUGUGAAAGCCGCAGAGCUGCGGGGUCGCGAGGGGCUUCUCUGCGGGCGCGUCUGGCGUGGCUGUCCUCGGAGGGGCUGGCUUUGCCCGAGGCUGCCGGGAGCCCUGGCAGAAGCGGAUGCACGGGAGUUUUUUUUGCAGCAGACUCUCCCGUUAACGUUUCCUAUUCUGUCUCCGGCCAUCGUGCGAUCUGGGCGGCUCUUUUUUGCUCGUUUUGUGGUGCGAGCAGCAGCUGCAGCAGGCGCUGCGCGGGGUCACCGUUGCUUGGGGAUGCCCUCGCUUUGCUGAAGACAAACCUCAUUCUUCUGUAUUUCAUGACACCCGAUUUCACUGUCCUGCUCAGAUGAAAUGGGGAAUACGGAAAAAAAAAAAAAAAAAAAAAAAAAAAAAAGAGUGACAAUCUGUCAGUCAUUUUGAAGUAAAACAUGAAGCAUUCCAUUUUCUUUAACGUAUUAUCCCAUUUUUCACUGGACUUUGUCCCUUCCAAUACCAGACUCAAAGAAAAUGGAAAUUUGGGUGCCCAUUGAUCAGCACAGGCCAGGAGGAGAGUUUUGGAAGAGGCGGGCCGAGCUCUGGCCCCAGGGCUGCCCUGGAAAGUGCCCUGCAACGUCCUCUCACGCUCAGGCAGCUGUGAUGAGGACAGACAGGAUAUAAUGAAAUGGGGGUCGUGCUUGCUUGUUUAGAUCCCAAGAUAAGACUGCCAGCUGAAAUCCCUAUUUCCUCUUUGAUUUUUCUUUCCGUUGUUCAAGGCCCACAUUGAGUAUUUGACAAACAUUUUCAAUUGGCAGCCAAAGACCACAGAUGUCUUCUUUUGGGGCAGGGUAAUCUGUUUGUCCUGAAAAGCUCAGGUCUUUGUGUGAAAAGAAAUUUAUUUCCCAUGCCUAUUUCUAUUUUACUCUGCUUGGGUGCAGAAGCCAGUUUUCGCUUUCAGAUGUUGAUUUAGGUGUAGUGUUAUCUUCCUUUACAGUCCCAAUAUAAGCCACUGAAAAGGCAACAGGCUUUUGCUGUGUCUAAGCCGUGAGUAAGAAAUACAAACUGAGAUAUGUAUUUCCUAGUCUUGAUUGUUUUUUCCUUUUUUUUUAUUUUUGUGUAAAAAUGAAUGUAGUAUUGAUAAAAUUUUUGGACUGGCAAUCCAACAAAGGGAGUUUGACCUGGCGGCUCAUCUAUGAAAUUUGCUAAACCCUGCCAUUCAGUUCUUGGGUAUCCAGUCCAGUAAGGUUUCUGAUGUAUUUUUAAAUUGGACAUCGAAUACACGAUUGUGCAAACAUGGACUUUGCAGCAACUACAGCACUUGGCUGUUGGGGUCCACAACCACGGUUUCUGUGGGGGUGGCUGUGGGAGCUAGCUGGGGGUUCCCAAGGCAGAGGUAGGUGGAGCUCAUGAACUUAUCAUUUUUUUUUUAAUUCUUUCUCAGGAUGAUCUGGGAGAAUAAGGCCGUUGUCGGAGUACUCCCCUUUCAUUGCCUCCAACAAAACCACGCAAGUUCAUUUCUUUCACAAAGCACGUAGUGAGAAUGUGAAAUCCCACAUACAAUUAUGAAGCACUUUGAUCUCACUGUGCUACCAACCCACCACUUCUCCAGCCAGGCUCGGAUCCUGGAUGGGACACAAGGGGGCAUAAAAAAGCAGAGACUGGAAGGGGGAAAACACGUUACAAACCCAGCUACAAAUGCACGAUUUGAAAGCAGGAGCAGCUCCUUGGGAGCCCAUCAAAGUGGCAAUGGCUUAUGUCAUCAAGGCGUUAACUAGUGGAGGAAAGGGUCGAUACACUGACCCUAUCUCAGCCAGUUUUUGGAGACUAUUAUCUAAGGGUGUGCUAUUGUCAAUCCCACAGAAAUCCUUAGAAAUGUGAAAUUUCACUUAAUUGGGGAGAAGAACUGCUGGUUCGCCCAAAUGAAUUGGAGCUGCAGCUGCCAGACCUGAAUGCCUGCAAGCCCCACGCAUGAAUACUGACCUCUGCUGAUGCUGGAGCAGUUUCCUUCUUGACACCAGCACCUGAAUCUCUGUUGCAUUCACCAGUGUAAAUGGCAUCAUUUAGUUAGAACAGCUUUUGGGGCAAUUGGGAUCCCCAAACUUUAAAACUAAGUUGAUCAGUUAAAACAUCAGCUUAUUCAAGUUUGUUUUCUCUUAUACUGCCUUGUAAGGUCAGUGAAAUCCCUUUGUUGAGUCAGAAUGAUCAGAUUUGUUUCCACCCUUAGUGGAAGAGGCUUACCUGGUUUUAUUUUUGGAGGGUUUACUCGCUAGUAAUGUCUUUUCAUGUAUCAAAGGAUAAUUGAAGCUCUCUUCCUCCCCAAGAAGAACUGUGAUCCAUCACAAGAAUGGCUUUCUAGAGCAGUUCAAUAAAAAAGAAACAGUUUGGUAUUAUAAGCACUCUCUGCCUAGAUACGCUAAUAAAGAGAUCGGGUGCCAUCUG